AUGAACUUCGCCUCGGAAGUGGCUGAUCUAAGUACAACCAUGGCUGAGGAGGAAAAUCCAAACGAAAUUAAGGAGGUUAAGGAGGAGGCAGGAGAUAUUGCCCCUUUUGACCCUACAAAGAAGAAGAAAAAGAAGAAGGUCAUGAUUCAAGAUCCUGCCGAAGAUGAGACUGUUGAUAAUAUGGCCGAGAAAACUGAGAGCCUGUCUGGUAAAUUAAUUCAGCAAUCUAGUUUCUUGAUUUCUUCUACAUUAUUCCCUUUCUGCAGUUCUUUUCUUGAGCCGCAAUUGUGUCAUGUUGCUGAUGUAUGUAUACUUAAGCAUGCAGUUUCUGACGGUCUUGAAACUUCAUUUGCUGGCGUGAAAAGAAGAAGAAGAAACGGGUUAGUGAUUUUGUCAUCUGUUCUGAGUUUGUGA